AUGAGGGAGGCUGAAGGUGGGAGGUCUGACAUGAAAGAUGAAGUGCACACUGGGAGGCACCCAGUUGUCACUUGUGGCGACAGUGUGGAGAGAACCAAAGCUGUUGUGGAGGAAGAUACGAGAAGAACGUGCAAGGAAACUAGUGAAAUAGUCAGUAUGUCCAGUGCAACAGUUCACAGAAAAUUGACCAACGAUCUUGGCAAGGAAAAAGUCUUUGCAAAGUGGGUGGCCCAUUUGUUGACAUCAGAGCAGAAACAGGCCCGUGUUCAAGCGGCUCGGCACUUUUUGAUCCGUGUUGGGCAAGAAGGUUUAGAGUUUCUGAGUAACAUCGUCACUGGAGAUGAAACUUGGGUGUACUCGUACUCAUUUGAUCCCAGGUCGAAAAGACAAUCGGCUCAAUGGCUUGAUUCGGAUGAGUCGAAGCCACGGAAAGCCCGCAGAAAACACGGGGAGAGAAAGAUGAUGCACAUUUUUUUCGACAUGAGUGGCAUCAUUCUGAGCUGGCUAGUCCCACCUGUCGUAACUGCCAAUGGUGACUACUACAGGUUCGUCCUCAAAGACAGACUGAGACCUGCGAUAGGAAAAAAGACCCGCUUUGCAUGA